AACAGCUAUUGCCUUUUGCCUUGGCUCUAGUAACAACAACUGAAGACGAGUACAUAGAAAAACAGAGAGGUGGCCGUGAACGCAAAUACCAGCAAACACACGUGUUUCCCGCGUUCCAAAUUUCAGUCUGUUUCUAUAGGGUAGCAGUGUAGUGAAAUGAACACAGAAGAUCCAGAGGAUUCAGAUUUGAACGACAUUCAUAAAAUUGAAAUUGCUCUUGCUGGCACGUCUAGCAGAGAUAAUGACUCUGAAUACUAUUUACGCUGUGAUAGUGGUGAUGGCUAUUCCCCAAGUGAGGCAAGUAGUUAUCAGCAGCAUUUGACUCCAUCCCAUCCUGACAACACAUUCUCAAUAUUUGAAGAGCUGACCUCUGAGUGUGUAGAAGAAGACAGAAUAAUAAUAUCUGAGUUGGAACCUAGUUAUGAAAAUGCUUUGUGUCUGAACAGAGCCUACCAAUCAAUGUUAUUUGAGCUUUCUCAGCAAUUGGAAGUUUUACGUAACGUGAAUGAGCAUAAACAAAAAAUCUUGCUUACUGAAAUAGAGAUCCUUAAAGCCAAAUUUACAAAGAAACCAGAAAAGAAGACAAAGAAGAAACCAAUCUCAUUUUCUUAUUUUGGAAUGCCAUACUUCAAAGAUGAAUCAUAUAAUACUCCACCGAUGAAUUCAGAUGCCAAGUUAGCCUGCAAUCUGGGAUACAGAAAUAUUUCUUUGAUAAUGAUGAAUAAGCCUUUAUCGAAGUUCGAGAUUCGGAAGCUUCGCAAAGAAUUAAAAGAACAAGCGAUUGUAUUGGAAUCUACUCGUCUAAUCGCUAUUAGAGAUAAACUGCAAGAGCAACUAGAACAAUCUUCUAUUUCUAAAGAAGAAAAAAAAGCUAUUCAAGAUCAAAUCAAGCCUUUUCAGCGUCAAAUCUAUGACGUCCGUUCUUUACCCGAUGAAAUACUUAUGAAUGUGUCCCCAACGUCAUUCGACUGGAUCAAACUAUCUAUUCAAAGUUUUUUUCGAUCACGUACUCCUGAUCAGUUAAGGCUUCAUUGGAUGCAUUAUCUUCGCCCAGGGGUCAAUAGUCGUCCCUGGAAACAUGAAGAAAACAGGAUGCUGAAGGACUUGAUUAAGGCAACAGGCAAUGGAAUAGAUUGGGAUGAAGUAGCAGAGAAUUUAAAUAGUGGUCGUACACCCUUUGAUUGCUUCCGUCACUAUCAAGAAAAAUUCAACAUUGAACUUAGAAGGUUUGGUUGGACAAAGGAAGAUAACGUCUUACUGCUCAGUCUUAUCGGCAGUUUCCAUGCUGAAAGCAUGAGUGAUAUUUAUUGGGAGGAAGUAAGGCGAAACUUUCCUGGGAAAUCGAAAGCGCAGAUUUACGCGCACUUCCGGUAUUAUAUUUACUCGCUCGAUCCCAGCCCGUUCGCUGCACAUGAAGAUAUCGCUAUUUUGGAAGGCAUUAAAAUGGGAUAUGAUUUCUCAGACAUUUCACUGGUCCUUGGGAAGCGAAGCAUUGCUCAAAUCCGCAAUCGAUACAAAAUCAUUCAAAAGAGAGGGAUGGGAUUGGAAAAGAAUUGGACCGAGAAAGAGAACAACAUGCUUCUUGCCAUGCCCGACGCUAGUAAGUUGCGUGCUCAUAUUAUUCGAAGAGACUUUCCUGGUCGCAACUUUCCGCAGCUCUUCAGUAGGUUUCAUUAUUUACGUAUGAAGUCUACAUCACCUAAGGAAUACAUUGAGGAUCUUAAGAAUAAAAGGAUGUACUCACAGAAAAGUUGGUUCCCGAAAGAAAACCGGAAGGUCGCUAGCAAGAUUGUGAGCAUGAUGUCUUCCCAAGGUUAUAAGCAGCAUGUGGUUGGAUCCAUGUCGAAAACUCUCCCGAUGUUGAAAAACAGUUUACUGAAUUUUUCUCGAGAACGUAACUUGAUUAUAAGAGGUAAAUUACUCCACCCCAAUAUUCGAGUUCGACAUAUCAGAUGCAAACGAUCAGUCAAGAGGAAAGAGAAAGAACUGAAAGCAAUUCUGUGUCCAAUGUUGCCUUCGAACGCGAAACGUCCAAGAAAAUUAUGUUUUCCCGGCGAUGGAAGAGAACUUGGCAUCACUUUCACAAGCAUAUACCGUUUGUUGCAAUGCAAUUUCACUCUUGCGCCUGAAAUGGCGGAAUUCACCGAAGAAAACUGCGAACGAUUCGGAAUAGCCUACGAGAAUUAUUUACCUUUCAAAGAACUUUUGAAUUUAACCAAAAAUCUUCCCGUACCUGAGCUUUCGGUUCGUACUGGACAGUUGCAUUGGCUGCCCCCUUCACUGGGCACUUUGACUGGAUAUCGUGGACUCGAUCUCCAUCGGGCUUACUUACAUGCAUGUGCGAGCGCUCCUAUUGUAACGGAAAGAAAUACUGCUACGAUUACGGAAAUCCCUGAUGAACCGACACCGGGGCCUAGUGGGUACCAAUCCGCAGUGGUACCUCGGACGUUGGAUGUGGGGAAAAAAGCGAACGCAUCUGGAGGAAACGCUCAACAAGAAAACAAUCCCGUUUUGGGAGCACCGGUAUCUUUGACCGGAAGGUCGGAAAUAGAGCAAAGCUUUAGAAAUACUGCAAACCCAAGUGGAAAAACUAAUCGAAUUGUACCUGGAAACGAUGAACGAAAUUCCAUUGGAGCAUCCAUUCAAGUUGAAAAUGAGACGAGUUCGGAAACGGAAACGGAUGAAGAAGAAGUUGACGAAGAUGAGGUGGAAGUAGAAACUCCACAACCGCCUAAUGUGCCUAAUGACGUUUAUUUUGGAGACCGAAUCGCAGAUAGUCUGCUGCUCUCACGUUUGACGACACUCUUCUUUUGGUCUGGCAUCAUGGGCAGCAUGUAUGCUUCGGACGUGUCAAAUCAGAUCAAGGCACAGGAAAAAGCUAUGAAUGAUCCGUCUCAUACUGAGAACGGAGAGACUGCAAAGACAGUUAAGGCGAAGACCGUUAAGAAAAAGAUGAGUAAACAAGAAAUGAUGAGAGUGAGAAAAGAGAACAUUCGCCAGGUCGUUUUAAAGCGUUACGGCAAAUGUAAGGCAUUGGAAAAGUCUGUAACUUCAACGACUGGGGAUGGAGAGAACUCAGGAGAUGCAAUACCGUCAACAAGCACUGAGCCUACUGCAGAAGUAGAUGUGGAGGACAACCCGCCGCCUGCGAAGAAACCGAGGAAAAAGCCAGGCCAAAUACAUGUUGCUAAAAGCGACCGCGUGACUCGUCAUUCCAAGAAAUUAUGCCAAGAUACUGGCAACUGAUAAGAAUUUUUCAUGUUCAUGUGUUAAUCUAUUUGCACCAAAGUAUGUUCUCUCUUUUCCUUGUAUUUAAGGUUUACAGUCUUCAUGGUAUGGAUCCAGAUUUCUCAAGUCCCUCCAUGUAGGGGGUAAAAGGUUAUGCAAAUGAUGACCACACUUUUUGCAGGGACUUGUAAACAGCGAUUGAUAACUGUUGAACCAUGU